AUGGCCAUCGCCACAAUUCGCCUUCGAGGCAUCUUGAAUUCUCUCUCGGCUGUCGCUCUUUUGACUUUGCCAGUACUCGCCGACCCGUUGCUGAAGACGAGCUACCUCCCCGAUGGCAUCAGUUCCGCCUGCGCGAGUGCUCUGACGGCCGACACGGCUUGCCCGCAGGCCAUCCGGACGCUGCAAGCCGGAGACUAUCAGUCAGAAUCACGACUUCAGAGUCUCUGUACCGAUGACUGCGCUUCAUCGCUGGCCACAUACCACAGUGCCGUUCUAUCUAAUUGUGCCUCCGACACAUGGGAGGGUCUCGAAGACGAGAUACAGCCCGUGGCCUUUAUCAGUGAGAUCAUUCGCUACCAUUACAACUUCACUUGUCUCUCUGACGGCCUUCGUUUCUGUAACAACGUUGCGGCAGCCUUUGCUGCUGCUGCUGAUACAGACGCGGCCGGUGACCCGAGUAAACUACCCGCUGGUGGCGACUUUGGUGACCAUGACACCUCUGACCUCUGCGAUUCGUGUCUUAUCAAGAACCUGGCUUUCAAGGCUGGGUCACCCUUUUACGAUGGUCCUGAGCUGCAGUCUCAGUCCAUCUACGAGUCCAAGACGGCCAGCUGUGGAAUCACAAACGCGCCAUUGACAACAACUGCGAACUCAAUAAUUCCAUCUGUGACUGAGGCACCCCCUACCACCACUACAUGCGCAGGCAAGACAUAUGUUAUCCAGCCCAAUGACGACUGCUUCUCCAUCUCUGUCUCUCAGAGCAUCGGAACAGAGUGGCUCCUCCAAGACAACAACCUUUUCGCCUUCUGCCACGAGUUUCCCACCGAGGGCAACCUUUGUCUCGUAAACACGUGCGACGUUUACACAGUUCUCGAGUCGGACACUUGCAAGACCAUCACGAAGCAGUUUGGCAUCAAUGAUGCGCAGCUCAGAGCUUGGAACCCGUCUAUCAACGCCGGUUGCUACAACCUCGACAAGAUGAUUGGCGCUCAGCUAUGCGUCAGCAAGCCCGGAACACCUUACGUCGAGCCAGAGCCGACGACACUUGCGCCCUCGAUCCCGACCACCGCUGCACCCCUUCCGACCAACGUUGCUGUCGACACGAAUGACCACUGCGGGAAGUUCUACGAGGUGAGGCUGGGAGACUACUGCAACCUUCUCACCGUCAAGUUCUCCAUUUCCCUGAACGACUUCAGGUUCCUAAACCCGGCCAUCAACGAGAACUGCACCAACCUGUACGCUGAAGAGUCGUACUGUGUUCAAGCUGUAGGUGACAUAAACACCUACCCCGGCAGACCUGGAGCGACGUCUUACGUGCUCAGUGCCACCUCAGGCAUGGAGGACUCGGUGACCACAAUGCCCGAUGCAACAUGGACCGCUCCCACGCCCACGAAAACUCCCGCUCCGCUGGCGAGUGGUACCCUGAGAGACUGCGCCAGCUACUUCCUCGGAGACGACUGGCAGCUUGACGUCACUGACACAGAUUACAUCUCACGAUGCCAACUCAUAGCCGAGAUCUGGGGAGUCGCGCUGGAAGAUCUUGGCAUCUGGAACCCAAGUCUUGGUGACGUAUCAGCUGCCGGUUGCACAUUCAAUAGUGGUGUUCGGUACUGCGGUCGAUCCCAUGUCGAUGGAAACUACGAACAGCCAGGAGGGCUGACUGAGCCUCUUUUCCCGAGCAGGGAGGGCGAGGACGAGGACUGCACUGGCUGGGUCAGCGUCGGUGACGGCGGAACACCUACGUGCCAGGAUAUCCUUGCAAAAUACGGACUCACCAUCGCCCAGUUCUACGACAUGAACCCCAGCGUUGGAGAAGAUUGCUCCGGCAUGUGGGCCGGUUACUUCUACUGCAUCCAAACUCCGGAGCACCAAGGCUCAGGCGGAGAUGCCACCACCGCGGUGCCCUCAGGAUCAACAACUGCCAGCGCAACAGCAACAGCAGGCCCGACGCCUCCUGCUCCGACUCUCGACGGCCAACCUUCGAACUGCAAUAAGUGGCACGUCGUUGCGGCCGGCGACAACUGCGGCGUCAUCGAGUCCGAAUACAGCCUCACUCACUCCCAAUUCCUCGAGUGGAACCCCGCCGUCUCGGAAGACUGCCUCACGGGCUUCUGGGGCACGUACGCAUACUGCGUCGGCAUCAGCGGCGGAGGCGGCGCCAUCACCACGGCCCCACCUGCCACCACGACCUCCGCAGCCCCGGCCGAACCCACCAACGGACCGGUUGCGGUUCCGGAGCCAAACCAGGCCAACAACGCCAUCGCUUCCUGCAACAAGUACGGCCAGGCGCAGUCCGGCGACUGGUGUUCGGCUUUUGCGGACCGUUACGGCCUGGCUUACUCUGACUUUUACGCGUGGAAUACGGUUCUCGGGGCUGGUGGCGAAAAUUGCGGUGGUUCCUUCUGGGCCACGUACUGGUAUUGCAUCGGGGUUGUGGCUUAG